AUGCUGGUCUCUCUGACUGUUGGCAAGGUCGAUGCCGGCGUAGCCGUGCUGCUGACCGACGACAAACGCCUGAUUGAAUUCCCCUCAAUUCUGCUGCCGCCUGACAUCACCUCCGGCAGCAUCGUCGACAUCACCGUCGCGCGCAACACGCAAUCCGAGGCUGCCGCCGCGCAAGCAUUCCACACCCUGCAGAGCAAGAUUUUCCAGACAUUCGGUCAGCACACGCCCUCGGCCCCCGUCCUGCGCUGUCGCAAUGCCACCCAGACGUCCGUCGUGCUCGAAUGGGACCCCAUACAGUUGGCCACGGCCGAGCUGCGCAGCCUGAGCCUGUACAGGAACGGCAGCAAGGCAGGCAGCAUUCCGCGGCCGCUGGACAUGCAGAGCACCAAAAUCUCCGGCCUGGCUGUCGACACGGAAUACAUAUUCCACCUGGUGCUGCGCACGUCGGCGGGCACGUACAGCAGCGAGCGACUGGCGGUCCGCACGCACAAGAUGACGGACCUGUCGGGCAUUACGGUGACGCCGGGUCCGAUGCCCGCAGCGCUCAGGGAGUCGCUCGCGCAGACUAUCAACCGCAUUGGGGCCAAGAUGAUCGACCAGGUCCGCAUUGACACGACACACUUCAUCUGCACCGAAGGACGCGGCCCCGCGUGGGAAAAGGCAGUCGAGAUGAAUGUGCCCAUUGUCGUGCCCGACUGGGUCAAAGGCUGCGAGCGUGAGGGCCGCAUCAUCGGUGUGCGCCAUUACUACAUUAACGCAGACCCGCGCCUACGCCAGGUUGGCCCUUCGCCCACAAACCAGCAGCACAACGUCCCCAGCCACGGCCGCAGCCAGAGCUCCCAGCUCAUGGCCGGCGGCUCCGUCCGCAGUCCGCCGAUGCCUAGCCCGCGCACGGAAAUCACGCCCCCGACCCCAGAGCAACAGGUGGCGCGGCACUCUCGUUCGACGAGUCUUGCCGCGGUGGUGAACGGCCAGCCGCCCCAGAUCGAAGAAGAAGCCGCACCACCGCCGCCACCGAAGGACGACCAGCCCGCACCUGCCGUGUCAUCACCCCCUCCUCCGGCGGGCGAGGGACACCACCAACGGCAGCCCUCGGAACCGCAGGCAGAAGAACCGCCUGCGCAGCCGAACGAUGAUGACGCGGCUGCCCCGCCAGUGGUGGCGCCAGACGCGGGCAACGAGGCCGACGCCUCAGGCAGCGAGUCGGGUGGGAGUGACGCGGACACGGAGAAAGGCGACAACGACAACCUGGACGUGGAGAAGCACCAGCUCAAAGGGACGACAUUUCCGAACACGCCGGGCAUCCAGCACGACCACCCCUUGCCAAGCCCCAGCGACGCGGGGUCCUUUCAGGACGUCGCUCUCUGA